UGAUGCAAAGCAGCUUUCAUUUUUUAUUAUAACAAACAAGGUCUCUCUCUCUCUCUCUGCUCUCCCGAUCGUCUCUCCAGUUUCUUCUUCUUGAGCUUCUCUGCUCAUUUAGAUUUCGUACAAAUCCCGUUUAGUUUUCCAAAAGAGUAUUCAUACGCACACAUACAUUCUUCCUCUAAAUAUUAACUAAAGUUAUAUAUUAGCGACAAACUAUUCAAUAUGAUGCUUGAAGGGUGGUCGCUGUGGAUGGAGGCAGAGCACACGACGAUAAUGGUUAGUAUCUUGGUUGCAACAGUCACCAUAUUUGUUGGGUAUAAAUGGUUGAUGAAGAUAGCCAUGAGAGGUAAGCCACCAUUGCCGCCUGGUCCAAGAGGCUUGCCUUUACUAGGAAAUCUUCCUUUUGUUGAACCAGAUCUUCAUAUUUACUUUUCAAAAUUGUCUAAAAAGUUUGGCCCAAUCGUCAAAAUCCAAAUGGGUACCAAAAUCUACAUCGUCAUUAACUCAGCUUCAUUGGCAAGACAAGUCCUCAAGGAAGAUGAUGUAAUUUUUGCUAACCGUGACCCCCCAGCCGCCGGACUAGCUCUCACAUUUGGUGGUCUUGACAUAUUAUGGAGGCCAAAUGGUCCUGAAUUCCGAUAUUUGCGCAAGAUUCUUGUUCGCGAAAUAAUGAGCAAGGCAUUCUUUGAUGCUUCUUACGGCCUUCGUCAAAGAGAGGUGCGAGAGAUGGUGAAAGAAAUCUAUGCAAAAGUUGGCUCACCCAUAAAAGUUGGGGAUCAGCUGUUCGUAACUUCUUUGAAUGUAGCAAUGAGCAUGUUAUGGGGUGCCUCUUUGGAUGAAGAAAAGAAAAUUAGUGUAGGGUUGGAGUUCAAGCAAGUUAUAGAGGAGAUAGUUGACCUUUUGGGUAAACCUAAUAUUUCUGACUUCUUUCCAGUCCUAGCUCCGUUGGAUUUACAAGGAAUUGUAUCAAAAAUGUUGAAACUCAGAUCAUGGCUAGAUAGGAUUUUCGAAUCAGUAAUUGCAAUAAAAACGAAAGUUGAUGGAGAAAGCACGGGGACAAGUAACGAAAAUAAAGACUUUUUGCAAAUUCUGUUGGAGCUUAUGCAGCAGGAAGAUGAAAAGAUGCUACUUUCCAAAGCUGACAUCAAAGCUUUGUUUGUGAAUGUUAUUACGGGAACAACAGAUACAUCAUCGAGUACCAUAGAAUGGGCACUAGCAGAGCUACUAAAAAAUUCAGAUAUUAUGAAGAAAGUACACGAAGAAUUGGAGAGAGUUGUUGGCAAUGAAAAAAUUGUAGAAGAGUGUGAUAUAAACCAACUACAUUAUUUACAGUCUGUAGUGAAAGAAACAAUGAGAUUACAUCCAGUUGUUCCUCUACUUGUCCCUCACAGUCCCAGUAUUUCAACAACUAUAGCUGGCUACAACAUUCCUAAAGGCUCAAAUGUUUUUAUUAAUGUUUGGUCAAUAAUGAGAGAUUCUAAGGCUUGGAAAAAUUCACUUGAAUUUCAGCCGGAGAGAUUCUUAGAACAUCCAGAAAUUGGUGAUUACAGAUGAAAUAAUUUCAACUAUCUUCCUUUUGGAUCAGGGAGGAGAAUAUGUGCCGGGAUUAACUUAGGAGAGAAGAUGGUAAUGUAUGUGCUAGCUACUCUCCUACAUUCUUUUGAUUGGAAAGUAGAAGAUGUUACAAACUUCAAUUUGUCCGAAAAAUUUGGUAUUGUAUUGAGAAAAAUGGAUCCCUUAGUAGCUAUACCAACUACUAGAUUGCCUAAUUUAGAGCAAUAUUUUUGAAACCUAAAUAUUCGGUUUGAGUUGAGUAGUUAUUGUUAAAUGUGAUAGAAUCCGUUAAUGAUAUGAAUUUGGUGUAAAUAAUAAAUUUUAGAGCA